CUCCCUCUCUCUCUCCAGGGUGUUCACAGUGACAGCAGUGGCCCAGCUGUGUGUGUUGGGUACUAUGUGGAUAUUUGGAGUGUUCCAGUUCCAAGAGGAGGGGACAGUGGUCAUGACAUAUCUCUUCACUAUCCUCAACUCUCUACAGGGAGCCCUGCUGUUCAUCAUGCACUGCCUACUGAACAAAACGGUUAGAGAGGAGUAUGGCAAGCUCCUGUCCUGUAUCUGCACACCACUGAAGAAGAGAUACUCAGAGGUCAGCACUACCAACCCUUCUUCCAGCCACUCCCAGGGGUCAAGGAGCGCAGAGACCACAGGGGAGUCACAGAUAUGACGUCACCAAACCCCCAUAAUGCACCUCUUUACCCCUCCUCCCAUGACAAAGGUUCCCACUAGAUGUUCAAACUGUAAAGACAAAAUGGGCAAUAUCGUAAACAUUUAUGAAAACAAAUAUUUGCGCUUAGCGGUGUGGUUAAGAUAUAUUGUACAAAUGGGAAAUGUUUCUGAUUUAGUAUCUUGGCCAGAUAGUGACACACCAGAAACAUUCAGCCCGAGUAUAGUACUGUUCAGACCAGGUUAGUAGAAAAUGUGUCCAACUAGCCCGCCGGAUAGUAAAAAUGGUAGUCCACUAGCCAGGUUGGCCAGUGCCCAGAAUCCUUCAAUUCCAUCCCUGAUUAGACACUUCAUAUCAAACUUGAUGUUAAUUAACCACUGUCUUAUCAAGCAUUAGGUUAUCCAGUCAGCAGGUAUGUGAACUUCAUGUCAUCCUAUAGGAAUCCAUAUGGUCUUUAUGUCAUCCAAUUAUAAGUUACGUGAUCUUCAUGUCAUCCAAUAGGAAUCCAUAUGGUCUUUAUGUCAUCCAAUCAGAAGUUACAUGAUCUUCAUGUCAUCCAAUAGCAAUGCUAUCCUCUUUAUGUAAUUUUUACAGACACAAAAGAUCGGUUCAACUUUACACAACUUCGUCAAAUAGACAGAUGAAACCAUACUUAUAAACAGAAGCUUUCUUCCUUUUCAUGAAUGUGACAGAUUUAUAGUAAUAUUUAUUACCAAGAGCACAAGAUAUGGUGACUGUUCUACACAAUUAAAUCCAAAGGGAUUUAGAAAAACAUUAAGUGAAGAUUUGUGUUAGUUGUGAUCUAUUGGACUGUUAUACUGUUAUACUGUAAAUGUGUUAUUGAUCUUUAACCUCUAGCGACGAGCAAUCCGUAUCCGGGAGCGUAAUCAUAGCCUCAACCGCAUUACCAUAACGCAACUUUUCCUAUUGAUGAAAAUCAGAAAUUAAAUGAAAUAAAUAUAUUGAA